CCACUCAGUUGCUUUAAAGCGCUGCGCAUUGACGAGACAGUAGAAUAUUGAAUUUUGCAAAAUGCCGAGUAGCAUCAAAGUAUUGAAGAUCUCCUCAUUUGUUUUGGAUUUUCUUUGUUGUGUAUUUGCCGCUUUAUCUAUUGCCGCAUGUUCUUAUGCCCUGAUAGUGUUUCCGCACAGUGUCGCCAUUCGGUUGCCAUGUAUUUUUGGCAUUGUCCUGGGUGUGCUGGUCUUUGGCAGCACCAUCUUUGGAUGCAUUGCGGCUCUGCGCGAAAACAUUCGUCUUAGCUGGAUUUAUACUGCGAUUUUAAUGGCGUUGGUAUUCGCACAAAUCACCGUCGUAUUCGCCGAGCCAAUCGAUUUCCCACUGCUCGCAAAUGAGACCGUAGGCAAUGCCUGGAAUAAUCAGCUGUAUAAUAAUGGCAGCAUGUCCUACUUUGAGAUCAAGUAUCAUUGUUGUGGCAUGUCGGGACCAAUGAAUUAUGUAGAGAGCGGAAUUAUAAUUCCACAGAGUUGCUACUUGAAUCAGAACUCGAGCAUCGUGCCAGAUCUGUUCACUGUUGGCUGCAAUAAGAAACUUGCUAUCGCGUAUGUGAAGGGCACGAGCUAUGAACGCGCCUGUGAUUGGAGUGUUAUUGGCAUAGAGUUGCUUACAAUGAUUGUGACUGGGCUCUUUGCAAUCAACUUGCAAAAUGCGGAACGUAGACGACUUUAUCGUUAAUCCGAUUCUAAUCAAAUUGUAAACAGUAUUGCAACUUGAUAAUUUGUUAACUUUUAUUCUAAGUCAAAUUGUAAUUUUACAAAUAUUGCUUAUAAAUAUACUAUUUCUGAUUUG